CUACAGUACAUAAGCAGCGUCAACGCUGGGAGCAACAGUCGAUAGUAUUAUCAGUGUCCGGGUAAACUCACUCGCGUCAAAUUCGGGUGUCCACUUCAACAAUACUUAAUCAAUUACAGUAUGACUAGGACAGUCGUCAUGGUGACGAAGGUGUGCGUGGUGUACGCAAUGUGCGUGAGUGUGGCCUGGGUGCUCCCGGACAGGCCGCCAGACUGUGCGUGCGUGUGGACGAUGCCCUGGCACGUGCCCUUCACCCAGCCCUCCACAGACCCGCCGCCCUACACACUCAACAUCUCCGACACUCGCGUCCUGACAAACAUGACGGUCACUAUGUUGUUGGUGGGGAAGACGCCGGCGGAGGGGUUCCUGGUGCAGGUGCACGACCCCAGUGGCAACACUCUGGGCGCCUUCACCCCAACACCAGGACUCGUACAGACCAUGACCUGUAAACGUCCGAAUGACACCGCAACUCACGUCAGUAACAAAAAGAAUAUGAUGGUGACCUUCCAAUGGCAGCCACCAAGUGAUUACAACGGGCAAGCUUUCUUCAAGUAAGUGGGCGACCGUGGUGAGGACCUACAGCACUUUCUGGACUGGCAUUACCUCCAAUACUUUCAACGUCAGUAGCUCUUGAGCUGGACUCCACCACUUCCUUAUCAUUAACAGCAACUUUAUGAUCCAUCUGUAUCUCUUCCUUUCCUGGAAUAUCCACGUUCUCUAACUUCAUCCACAAGCGACUUUGCUUAUACCUUCUGCUUACCAUAAGUCCUAAACGUGCGGGAGCAGUGUAUCUGUGCUUCGUACUCGCGGCGGCGCACUCUUGUUAACCAAGUUACUGUUAUACUGAAACUGAUGCAUGAAGUGCAUACUAAAUGGACUCUCGACUGAAUAAUAAAUUUACUCUAAUA